UUGUCAAGUCUGAAGCGGGAGCCUGGCGUGGGAUGUGAGUCACCUGAUUUGCCAUUCACCGAAGCGACGAGUGCUGAUAAAGAGAAAACAGCAAAAUGCACAGCCGAGGAAAAUGAAGAACGGGGGUGUGGUAAAACCGGUGCUUCGAAUGCUGUUGCACUUGAAGGAAUUAAAGUGACAUUCGAUCAGCUUGCACUGGACUGCGAUAAAACCGUUAUCGACCCUGCUCUUUUUGAUGAAUCGCCGGAAGGAGCCGAUGAGGGUGCAUUGAAGCGAGGAACUCUUGGUUCCGGAGUGAUACUACUGGCACAACAGCUGAUGCGUAAUUCAGAUAAAUCGAAACGAAAAGACAAGGCCAUAAGGCACGAUAAUUAUUUUCUCCUCAUAUCGGUCACUGCUGCAGCAAAUCGAAAGUUCAGGUUAUCGACAGACAUGACUGACUUCCGUUAUCGCACCGAAUUGCCCGAAGGCGCAGCAACACCCGGAACUGUAUCGUCGCCCGAUGACAUCGAUAGCAUGAGCUCACUGGGAAGCACACGCACUGAAGCAGCUAGUAGUAUGGAUAAGCUGUCUGGAAUGCUUCGAAGUCACUCACAAAUGAUUGAUGUAAGCCUCUAA